ACAAAACCAGAAAAACACCGUUGUGAAAGGAAAAGUAAAACAGGUGGAUCGGCGGAGUAGUCUCCGCCCAGUAGUCAUACGGUAACCAUAGCAAGUCAAGCCGCCCAAGACGCUCCACGUCCCGGACUACUGGGACACUGCCUACCGACCCGUGCCUUGCACUCCCUAACCUGACGACCGGAGAACGUCUAUGGGUCCAUGGUCCAGUCUGCACUUUUAGGAUGUGAGAAGUUGCUUGAAGUCCACAUGGAAUAUUUUUAUUUUCUUGUAGCGAGUUAACGAGUCCUUGGGAUAGCCUACUUGAACCAUGCCAAUGCCGACGGAAAACGGAUCCGUAAUGUACUCGGGAUCGGAGUUGAUUAAAAUUAAAGCACACUAUUGUGGGGACAUGCUGAUAACAGACCUUGCCUUCUCCCUCACCUUCGCUGCUCUGUCUGAUGAGGUGAGGGAGCUGUGCAGCGUUGCCCGGCAACAACCAAUCACACUCAAGUGGAUUGACGAUGAAGGCGACCCAUGCACCAUCUCAUCACAGAUGGAGCUGGAGGAGGCGUUCCGGAUCCACCAGCGCACCAGGAGUUCUGGACUCCUCCUCCAUGUGUUCCCCAGCAUCCCUGAGAGACCUGGCCAACCGUGUCCCGGAGAAGACAAGUCGAUCUACCGCCGCGGCGCCAGAAGAUGGAGGAAGCUCUACCGUGUCAACGGACACCUCUUCCAGGCCAAGCGCUUUAACAGGAAGGCGUACUGUGGCCACUGCAGUGAAAGGAUAUGGGGGCUUGGGAGGCAGGGAUACAAGUGUAUCAACUGCAAACUGCUGGUCCAUAAGCGCUGUCACAAACUCAUCCCUCAGACCUGCCAAAAGCUUAUGGAUCCAGUCAUGCCAUCCCAGGAGCCCCCCACAGACCAGCAGAUCCAGGAGGUGGACCCCGCACCCGAUGACUCUGACGACAACAAGGUAUCGCUUAUACCGCACAAUCGCACAGUGGAUAAAACAGAGAAUGCAGACACAGAGGACAUGAAGGCGGUGGUGGAGGGGAUGGGGGGCAUCACCCUCAGCCACCAGCAGGAGCAGGCGCUGGGCCUGGCCCACUUCGACCUGGUGCGGGUGAUCGGGCGGGGCAGCUACGCCAAGGUGCUCCUGGUGCGCCUGAAGAAGAGCGACCAGGUGUACGCCAUGAAGGUGGUGAAGAAGGAGCUGGUGCACGACGACGAGGAUAUUGACUGGGUGCAGACAGAGAAGCACGUGUUUGAGCAGGCGUCUACCAACCCCUUCCUAGUCGGCCUCCACUCCUGCUUCCAGACCGAGAGCCGGUUGUUUCUCGUCAUCGAGUACGUGAACGGAGGAGAUCUGAUGUUUCACAUGCAGCGGCAACGGAAACUUCCAGAGGAACACGCUCGAUUCUACGCUGCAGAGAUCUGCAUCGCGCUGAACUUCCUGCAUGAGAAAGCGAUCAUCUACCGCGAUCUGAAGCUGGACAAUGUGCUGCUGGACCACGAAGGACACAUCAAGCUCACCGACUACGGCAUGUGCAAGGAGGGCAUCAGACCGGGGGACACCACCAGUACUUUCUGCGGGACACCAAACUACAUCGCUCCAGAGAUCCUGCGUGGGGAGGACUACGGCUUCAGCGUUGACUGGUGGGCACUGGGAGUGCUGAUGUUUGAGAUGAUGGCGGGCAGGUCGCCCUUCGACAUCAUCACAGACAACCCUGACAUGAACACAGAGGAGUACCUCUUCCAAGUGAUCCUAGAGAAGCCAAUCAGGAUCCCCAGGUCUCUGUCGGUGAAGGCGGCCAGCGUCCUCAAAGGAUUCCUCAACAAGGACCCCAAGGAGCGGCUGGGGUGCCAGGUGGAGACGGGCUUCACGGACAUCAAGUCUCACACCUUCUUCCGCACCAUCGACUGGGAGCAGCUGGAGAAGAAACAGGUGACUCCCCCGUUCAAGCCUCAGAUCACAGACGACUACGGACUGGAGAACUUUGACACCCAGUUCACCAACGAGCCGGUCCAGCUCACGCCCGACGACCAGGACGUCAUCAAGAGAAUAGACCAGUCGGAGUUUGAGGGCUUCGAAUACAUCAACCCCCUGCUGCUCUCCACUGAGGAGUCUGUAUGAGGACAGCACUGAGCGAGAGGGACCGAGAGACACAGAGAGAGCACUAAGAGAGAGAGAGAGAGAGAGAGCGAGAGAGAGGGAGGGACAUGUCAUGCUUCGCCCACCUACUGUCUGUCCAAGCUGCCUCGCCCGGCCAAAACUGACUCACUCGCCAACUUUCUCUCUCUCAAAUACUGUGGAGCAGGGGAAUCGAACCCCCCCCCACCCUCCCACCACACACACAACCCCCCUCUCAUCUCUGAUACUGGAGCCAUACGGAGGGCCCCCGGAGCUCGGAGCAGAUCCUGAUCUGGUCAUAGCAGUACUGCACUCCACUGGUAGGGGGUGCCAUACUCCGUUUGGUGACAUAGCGCAGUGGAAACACAAAAAACGCUGGAGGAUGGGACUACAAGAACAUGCCCCAGCUACCGAACCCCCCCCUCCCCCAGCCGUCACACACACACACAAAUACACAUGCUAAGAACUCUUGCCAUUUUAGUCUGUUUGUUUUUUUAUUUUUCGCUGCCGGAUCGAAUGUCGACACGACCGGCCGCGUUGAAAGUUCGGUGUGGAAUUCAAGGCGCUGUUGUAGUCAUCGUCGCAAACAACCCGCCUAGCGCCGGAAAAAAUGACAGUUGUAUGUCAGAAGCUGAACAUUAAUGUGCACUUUUAUUUAUUUCACUUCACUUUUGGAAAAUCUGGGUUUUUUUCGUCCCUUUUAAAGGGGCGAGGACUUCAACGUAAAAAGAAUGUACAAUGACAAAGGAAAAAACCAACCUGAUAAGUUAUUGUGUAUAAUAAUGUAGGUAGUGAAUCUAAAAUGGUUGCCUUUCUAUUGAUGCAAGUGGCACAUUUUCAACCAUGAUCGUUUUUAUUGUUUUGUUUUUCUCCAAAUCAGCAUCAUCUUUACAUAAAAAGAAUAAUAUUGUUCAAAACAAGUGGAAGACAUUUUAUUUAAGAAGUGCCUCGAAGAUCCAAUUACAGUAUGCGUCAUCUCUCUGAUUACACCUAAUCGCUGUAUAGGUCGUUAGCUAGUAUCACAUUAGCUGGUCUAAAAAACAAACAUAAUAAAAUACAAACCACUUAUAAUGUUGAUUUGAGGUCCAGAAUCUAAUUGACUUCAGUUUAUUAGCUCACGUAAGUCUGGGAAAAUUCUAGCACAACUGUAUGAUAUAAAGGGUUUUGGUCACAAUGGGCAGAGAGAGUAAUGCUUACAAAGUAUACUACUUAAUACUAUCAAUUAAAUGUCACGACAAGAACCAUGGACAGAGCCCUCUGGGACUUACAGAGACUAGAACGACAGAUUGUUAGGACCUGUGGAGGACCUGUUACCCCAACAUUGAGUUUUCCUCGACUUGCAAGAUCGAGGUCUGGUCUUGUUUGUAACAAAUAACCAAACUUUGGAAGUAAACCGGAAAGAGUAGGAUGGUCCAGUCAAACAUUGGGUUUCAAGCAACUGAGUUGCUUCUGGAAAAGCAACGUCUGAAUGACUAAAUGGUAAAAAACAACAAGGGAACAGCUUGGCUUGUGCAAUCGAUGCUUUGGAUCAGGUAACCAUAGCUAACGCUCAGAAGCAACAGUUGUUGUGAUAGCGUGCGUCACCGGACACAAGGCUGUUCGUGAGGUUUGGUUUGGGUGUUUGGUCCCUCGACCAACAGCCGUGACCACCAGAGUGACGAGAACGUGGUGGGUACCAUGAUGCUUGGCAGGUGGACGUUCUGCUCGCAAAUGGGUAUCUAAAUGCCAAAUCCCAAAUGCCAUUUCUUAAAAAAGGUUUCAGCAUUCCAUAUCCUGCUCCAAGCAGAAUGAGUCACGGGCGCUCUUGUUACUGGCGUGUACUACUCUGUGACGAGGGUGCAUUCAUCCGCACGUGUGCUUGGGGUGAUACCGGAGGAGGGUGGUACUGCGGGUAUCAGGACCCUACGGCCCCCCACUACCACGUUGGAGAGCGAUUGAACAAAUGACCACAUUUGUGAAUUUGCUGCCAAAAUCCAUCAGGGCACACUUUAGUACUGUCGAAUGGUCUGAUGAACAAAAAGUGUUUUUGUCUUGCUUUUUAAAUCAACAAAUCCAACUAUUGGUUUGCUUGAGGCACAUAAUUAGAUAAGUUGAUUGACUACGAUAAGCUAGUGGUUCCCAAGCUUAUUCCCGUUUUACAUUUGAUGUAUGUACUGUACAGAGUGCCACUGGCACAAGCCAUAGUACACCAAGGGUACUCUGUGAUGUAAGCAAAUUAUUGAGUUUUUAAUAGUGUAAGUAUUUUUUUUUUGGAUGGGUUACUACAUCACAAAGUACAGAGACAAACCAAGCACGUUUUUGACCUCGACAGGAUUCACCACUAGGUGGCGGCAAACUCCCUACUGUGAUCUUGGCGUGUAGUUGCUCUUUAAGGACAUAAGGAUAUGACGAAACCUCCCUAGCACUUCUUUGUCAUCCCAAUGUUUCACGCCAUCAAGUGCACUGAUAACGCCGCAGGGGGCUUAACAAUGGUUCCCACCCUCUUCAAAUGCAUUCAUUUUUGCCCUUUUUAAAAUAUUCAACCCAGCGUUUAGUGCCCCAUUUGAUCACGUUUGACCCGUGCUAAUUUGAUAGUGAUGUAAUAGGAUUAAUAAACUGAUCCCGAGUCAAAGGCCCAAGGGGCUAUCUUAAGCCUGUGUGUGGGUUGUGUAAGAUAAGGUGCUAUCACUGAUUAGCCACAAACCACAAGAAAACGUUCAGGCACUCACACACAUACACACAGUCCUAGGCAGCAAGGCUGAAAAAGUAUAUAAAUUAAAAAAUGUUGAGUUGAUCUCUUUCGCACUCUUAUUUUUCAUUGUCAAAUCCCGUCAAACGCUUUUGUUUUGUCUAAUUGUGAAACAGAAGAUCCGGUUGCAUUGUUUUACUCAAGGGACCAAUAAGACAACCUGAGAGUCCUCAUCUGACAACCCAGUGGCCGCCAUUUUAAAGUAACGUAACGUUUGCUUAAUGAAAAAACAUUUCAUUAAACAAAAAUGUGCUCCGACCAUGAUGAUUUAUUUCGUUCUAACAUUUGCUGGCUGUAUGUACUUUAUUCUGCUUUGAUUAUGCAUCUCUGUAAAUAUCUGUAAUUAUAAAACAAAUACCGUUUUUUUCUGUGAA